UUCAACUGCCGUUUCACUGUGACUUUAACAUUAAGUUGUACUCUGUGGCAAACUUUGGCCACACCUAGAUCCUGUCCCAUUUCCACAAAAAAAAAAAAAAAAAAAAAAAAAAAAAAAAAAAAAAAAAAAAAAAAAGAAACAGCCUUUUUUUUUUCUGCUGGUGCGUUUGUUUGUGUGACGGCGAGUCCCGGCGGUGUAACCGGAGAGGGGCCUCAGAGAGGGAAUGCAGGACUGCAAUGGAGCACAAUGCAAUACAGUGGUUGGGUGCCCCCUCCUGCCAGCGAGGCAGCUACGCCUUCUAUAAGUCAGUGAGCAGCAGAGCUCAACCCGAGGGGCCCGUCCAGGUAUGGAAGCUGGGGGAGUUUUACUUCAUCCGGUGUGGACCACAGGAUCCUGUGUGCAUCGCAGAGGUGACCUUACUGUGGGAGGACCAGACACGGCGCCACCUGCUGGCCAGCGCCAGACUCUACUUCCUGCCUGAGGACACACCAAAGGGCCGGACCAGCGAGCACGGAGAGGAUGAGGUUCUGGCGGUGUCCAGGAAGAUGGUGGUGCGGGUGGAGGAUCUGGUGCGAUGGGCGUGUGCAGAGCCGGCAGAUUGGAGUAGCAGCAAGCUGCCACCCAGCGGGAUCAACGGCCUCCACAAACCCCUCCAGAGCAGCGACGGCAACAGCGGCAAUGACAAGAGCAGCGAGCCGGUCAAAGACAAAACUAAGAAUGACCUGCCAAACUGUCAUGGCAUCAAAGUGCUCAGCUACCCGCAGUACUGCCGCUUUCGCUCCCUGCAGAGGCGCAUCCAGGACAGAGCGAGGGGGCCGGGGCUGCAGGAUCCCCACCUGCUGGCCCUGGGAGGUGUCAAGGUGCUGCCCAACACCCGGCUGAUGUACUGCAGAGACACCUUCAAUCACCCGACGCUGGAGAGCAGCGCCAGUUUCUCCUGGCAGUUCAGAUGUCCGUCUCUCAGUCUUCGAGGGCGACCUCGCAAGAGGAGAGGCCGAGACGGCAAAGACUCCCCUAACUCCAGCCAAUCAGAGUCCUGGAUUGAGAAGAUGAAGGAGAACGUGAUGGGCAGCGUGGAGGUGGGCUGUGAGGGCAGCUGGCUCCCCCACCCUGAAGAGCAGCUGUUCCUGGAUCAGCUCUUUGCCUACAUGGAACGCCUCGGCUCACCCAUCCACAAAGUCCCCAACCUGGGCUUCAAGAAGAUUGAUCUCUUCCUCAUGUACUCUGUGGUUAAGCGGCUUGGAGGCUACAAGAAGGUGACAUUGGACCGUCUCUGGAAAGUGGUUUAUAAUGAGCUGGGAGGAUGCCCCGGCAGCACCAGUGCUGCUACCUGCACCAGGAGACACUACGAGAGACUGAUGCUUCCCUAUGAAGAGCACCUCAGAGCAGGAGGAGCAGAAUUUAAAGUCCCAGAAUCCCCCAUGCCACCGAAACCCAGAGGGAUAAGAGGAAGGAAACCACUUCAGAGAGGCAGAAAACCGGGACUCAAAGCCAAGGACAAGAAGAUGACAACCCCCGCUGCUCCUUCUCGUACUAUCGUGAACCCUAACGGCACCGUGGUGGUGAAGAGAGGCCGAGGCCGGCCGCCGGGCACUCGCAACAAGGCCACGCUGAUCGCUCAGGCGAAGCUGCUGGCUCAGCAGCAGGCGAAAGCCAAAGCAGCGGUUGAGUCUCAGCAGCAGAGUCCUCUGCUUCCUGUCAGAGUUGGAGGCGGUCCCACCCCCAGCAGCACACACAGGCCCGUCCAGCCAGCUGUCCUUCCUGUCAACAUGCCCCUCACCCCAGACCUCUCCCCCAUGACCGCCCCCUUCCUCCCCUUCCAGCCCAAACCAAAGGAGCUGAGGCCGGACAGAGCGGAGACUGUGGCUCCUGCUCCAGGUGUGCUCCUCUCCACUCUGCCUCGCCACUUUGUCGGAGGAUCUCUGGGCGGUUUUAGCCCCAUCAAAGGCGUCUGUCCUCUGGAUGUCUUCAGGAACCGCAUAAGCCUCCAGAGAGGCCCGGAGAGCCCAGCCCUGACGCCUCAGGACCCAACCCAACACCAUCCAACCAUCUACACCCUUCAGCCCAAAGUUGGAACCCCGGAUGCGUCUCAUCCCAGCGGGGACCAGCUUCAGCCUCAGCCCCACAUGCUCCACCAGCAGCACAACCGCUGCUCCGGCUGUACUGUGGACGAGGCAGCCCAGAGAGGAGGCAGUCGGGACGUUAGGAACCGGCCUCCUCUGCCCCCUCUCCGGGUCCUGCCUUUGAACCUGGACUGCAGCGUUCAGGUGUGCCAGCUGAUGAGGACUCGUCUGGGCUCGUCUCAGUUCCAGACCUUCACCCGCCGACUGUCUGAGGCUCUGUCCCAGGACCUCAGCACCAAGCCCCCCUGCUCUCCUAUCACCCCUCCCCCAGAGCAGGCAUUGCCGCUCAACCUCAGCAAACGCUUCACGGCGAAGAGACCCAGCACCGAGGGACCAGAACCGAGUCUGGCAACGAUCAACGGGAGCACAGAUCAGCCGCCAUCCAAGAGACAGAGACCCGGCUGCACAGAGCAGGCUGAGGACUUCAGCCUGGGCGGCCGGUCCAGCUCUGUAGGAAGUGCAGGAGGAGGAGAGCAGGAUGUGGAGAUGAAGAACCAGGAGGAACCAGCGGACCUUAGCUCCCCCAGCAGGAUUAGGGCCUUCCUGCUUGGGCUGCCACCCUUCCAGGUGAAAUUUGAGGAGGAUCUGAACGGGACGAGGUUUGGGAAAUUUCUUCCUCCAGGAUCUAUGGCUGAAACCCAGAGGACCGAGACAGAGACAGGAGAGGGACGAGUGGCAGUAAAGAAAGAAGUAAAGAAGGAGGAGGAGGUGGUUGAAAUAGAGCGAUGUGACACUGAGAUAAGCAACAAAUUACAGAAGCCAGAGCAGGAGGAGAAAGAUCCUGCCCACCUCUCUGGUUCUGGCCCAGUGGAGCUGAAGAUAGCCGGGCCCUCAAACACUGACACACACUGUUUUUAGCAUUAUUCCCUCUGUUGAUAUUAGCAUUUUGUGAUCAGAAAACUGUCGGAUAAUUCGGGAUUGGCGGUUUUGGAAUGUGGAAAGUUGUAUCCACCAUGGUGCUUGGUGUUGGGUUUGGACACUGGAUGCUUCAGUGGUUGAUCCGGCUCAGGUUGACGCCUGAACACGUGGAGCAGGGGUGAUUCUUUGCUUCAUAUUUGAGAACAUUUGAACUCAUAACUUCUCCUUAUUUCCCAUUUUUGUCUCCUUGUUGUUAUUUCCUGUUUUUUUUUUUGUUUUUUUUUCCUGGUUUUCGAUCUUCUCUUCGAUUGAACUUUGCAGAGGAGUGACGACACUGAGACUCAUGACAAUCACAAAUCAGUUUCUCUUCGUUUCUCCGUUGAUUUCUGUCUCUUAAUGGUUAAAAAAAAGAAACAGAGGAAUGAGACUGACUCUUUUACAAACACUGCCAUAACCCUCCAUAACACUAUUAACUCCACUAUUCAAUGUUAAGGUGAAAUAUUGAAUAAGAUCCAUAUUACUUAAAAUAAAAAUCAAUUCUAUCUAUGGGUGAUGCUAUGCAUCAAGACUUCAUAAAUUAGCAUCUAGAGUGUACUGUAGUUUGGUAGUUUCAUUUUUAAAUUGUACUCUACUUCUGUAGAGAAAUAGUUAUUUUCUGAUAAAGUGUCUAGAUGUUAUCUGGAGCUCCUCAGUCUUCACAUUAUAGCUCGUUAAGUGAAGCCUUUCUAUAGUCCUGCUCGUUAGCUGAAAUUAUAUAAACUGUUCUUACACAUAUGUGCCUUAAAUGUCCGGCGAUCUGUUUCAUCGCCGGCCUCAAAAACAUUCAGUUAAAGAGAUACCUUGAUGUUGGACCUGUUAAGUUUUCCUUCUCUCCUCAGUAGUGCCAGGUAUUUUUGAAAUACUAGUGUGGAUACAAUACCUGCAUCUCUGAUUCUGAAAUAUAUAGAAAAAAAUCUUAUAACAAAAGCAGCCAAAGUUCUUACGUUUUAAAUGUCUUAAUAUCAGCAGCUGUACAAGAACUCGUCUGAAGUAAACGGCCUAAAACUGGUAAAAAUUUAGGCUUUAAUCAAUUCUGAGUGCUGCUCUAUGCUGCUGACAUACUUCAUACAGUACUAGUGCAGUGUUGAGGGCCGAUACCCAGGCCUGCUGUUUGCAUGUAAAGACCACUGUGGCCACACGAUGGCGCCAUCGCUUCGCCUUCAUCACCACCACUGUUCAGGUUAUUCAACCAAUAGGGAGUCAGCACAGGAGGACGUUUAGAGAUCAAACAUGAACGUGUUGCCCAAACAUUCAGACUACCUCAGGCUUUUUUUUUUUUAUUUCUCCAGGGGAUAAGAGCUCAUCCCAUCAUGCAUUUGGGGAGACGGCAGGGUUGGAUGCUGGUCCAUAAACGCAGACAGAUUUCCACUUGGUAUUAUGAGAAAAAAAAUAGUGUUUAUUCUCCAUGUUUCUGAUUGUCAUCAAAUCUCAUGAAAAGACUGAUUUGGGUUUUAGUAUGGAAUUUGUUGACAAUAAGAAAAUUAACCUCUUUAACCUGCAAUUAGUAUGUGGAUACGGUUACUAGUUCUUUUAAUGCUACAUGUGCAUGAACCCCUGGUGUAAAUACGCACUCUCAUUCUCUCCAUUCAGACUUAAUUGUGAUCAGAUCUGAAGUUAGUUGCAGAGUAGGAAGGCAGAUGACGGAUUUAUACGUAGCAUUAGCAAGAAAAGGUGGAGAUAGUUGACCGAUUUAUUUUUCUUGCGUUAAUAGUUUGAAAUUUUUAGAACUGCGCAUAAUCGCUUCCUGGCUGAGUUACAUGUUCAGACUGAAUCCACUCUCAUGUCUGUACGGUAAAUAUAAAGCUAUAGCUAGCGGCCAGUUAGCUUAGCACAGACACUGUAAACAGACUAAGACAACAAGUAGCAUGGCGUCCAAAAAUAACAACACCUACCUACCAACACCUCUGCAGCUCAUCAGUUUAUAACACUUUAUAACUUGUUAAUUUCAUCUGUAAAAAACAGAAGUGUAAAAAAGAGAAUAGGUUGUGGGUUUUCAGGGGUUUUGUACCAGACUACUUGUUGGCUCGGUGCAGUGACUUCCUGGAGUUCCAGCCAAGAAAUAGUCCGACACAUGACACCCUUCAAAACCUUAAAUUGCUGUUUUUUUACACUUUAGUUUUUGUACGAAUUUAACAAACAAGAUUGUAAAUGUUAAUCGCUGAACUUUUGUUUUCACUCUAUGAGUCAGUGUGGGUCAGUGAUCACGGCAAAAUGUGGUCCUGGAGACACCUUAUUACAGCGGGAACUGCCACAGAAGCAGUUAUGAAUACUUUGCCAGGUGUUAAUUUAUGUCUCUGGAUAGAUUUUGUCAACGUAAUAAAGUUGUUAAACAUGCAAAACUUUACAGAUGUGUUGUCAAGAUCAAAAUGAAGGCAGAGUUCGAAGAUGGGUGUGGACUGAGCAAGGGGGUCUGAAAUAGAGGCGUAGGAAGUACAUUUCCCCCCUGGUCCACAUUUGUUUUAAGUUGCGGAUUGCAUCACAAGAUGGUCUCUAGUGUUCCCUUUAGAGAGAGCCAGAACAGCUGUCUCAGCCUGUUUCUAGUCUUUGCGUCUUGCUAGGCUAAUUUCAUGUUUACCGUACCAACGUGAGAGAGACUCCAAUCUCAUCUCAUUUCGGCAUGAAAAUGAAUAAACGUGUUUCACAAAAUUUCAAACCAUUGUUCUAAGAAUGUGGUCAAACUGUACAGAAGUCAUUUAUACCUGGCUCAAAUCGUAUUAUAUUCUGACCGUUAUUACAGGAAUCUCUCCUGAAGACGUCCAGCUGUUAUAGGCCAGAUGUUAAUGCCAGUUGAAAAUAAGAAAAUCAAACCUGCAGCAUUCACUCUGUGUCACCAAAGAAUGUGUUGCCGUUUCCCACUUUAUACCAAUCCUCUACUCCACCCGGCUUCUUCCUCUUCUUCAUCUAAAGUGCCAACACAAAACACCGACUCAAUAUUGGGACAAAAACCUUGUGUAGCUAAAAAAAAAAAUUGAAAUGUCAAGGUAUCCCUUUAAUCACAGCCUUUUCUUCUUGGACUCGUCCCUGUUUGUUUCAGAUUUGCACACCUACUGUACCCACGUGCUUCAUUUGUUUUUCCAUAUUUAUAUUUGCCAUGUUUAUUUUCUUUCUGCCAACGUUUGUUAUUCUACCAGAGCAGUGGAAUUAACUACGACACCGAAAUUAACUGGUGCUGUUUAUUCUUAGUUAUGUAGCCAUAUUGUUGUUGUUUUGUGUUCUGUUGAUAAAGCUGCAAAUUAUUUUCAUCUCAGCAAGUCGUUAGAUCUUGACUUCAAGUUUAAAAUUUCUCGCAGUAGAUUUAUUUGUCCGACAGUUAUAAGAAAAUAUUUCAAAGAACUGAGUUAAAAGAUAACAUGACUUGUUAUUGGAAGUAUUUGCAGUUUUUUUCUGAUUUAUUUUUGACUGUUUGGCUUUGUGUGAGACAGAUAUGGACUGUUUGUGAAUGAGUGCAUGAGUAGAGAAAUGUAUACUCAGUAGAUCAUAGCUGGGCAGAUGCACCAAAGCACAUUUAACUCCACCAGAAAUCCCCAGACCUCCAUAACCUUUCUAUAACGUUUCUCAUCAUGUCGAGGUCAGAGUUAUCAUUAGUAUUUCAGGAUAUUAUAUGUCGUUAUUUUGUUUGCUUUAAGAAAUGUCACUUUUCACAAUAAUGUCUGUUUUCUCCUUCACGUGAGGUGAGAAAUGAGAAGUAACGAGGAAGAUGGUAAAAGACUUCUUCCUUUUGUGUGAUUAUUUCUUGAAAACAAUCAAUGCAGUAAGAUUUGAUAUAUCUCACAAGUCUGAUAAUCUUACUACGGGAUUAAUGUAUAGUUUGUGUCUUGCUCUGCUUCAUCCUGUCUGUCAACCCUUAUUUAUUAAGGGGAGGUGUUUCUGAGCAUGCUGGAGCGACAUAGGCUUCAGUAUGCUUCAAAGGAAAGAGUUUGUACGGGUGCAGCUGAAGACAAAAGUGUUUGUUGCUACUCUGAGCGGCCACACUGGGUGGCAGGGUGAAAAGUUGCUCGAUGGCUGGAAGAUGGCAUUAAGUAAUGCACCACCAGCGAACAACAAUAACAGUAUAUUUGUUUUCUUUUUGUGUGUUCUGUGGUCCUCAUGGAAGGAUGGUGUACACUUUCAGAUGUUUGCGGUGUUGCACUUAGUUCAAAAUCUACUUACGUUCACACCUCCACAAGCCUUCCCAGCCACUGCACUAAUUGGGCUCGGCUGUUGGACUGUCAGUUUUUGCAUGUUAGAAUAUGUCGGACACAACGCCUCGACAGUUGCGCUGUCAGAAACAAUGUGUCAGACAUUGAAAUUGUUCGCCGACUACCUAAAUAACUGUUGCCUUUAUGAAAAGGGCCUUUGAGGUAACACUGGGUUAGCUUACUGCUUUAGUUACAGUUUAAAUGUAAGCUAGUUAGCCAAACAUGCUAACAUAUGUAACCUAUGUUGAGAGCUGAAAAGUGCGCUUAAAUCCAUUCCUCACAGGGUUACUCUUGCGAUUUUGGUUUUGGGAAAAGACUUUCAAACCUGUGUAUCGCUCCUUCUACAAACUUGUCAUGUGGGAAAUCCAAAGCUGUACAUGCCUCUCACUUCAUAGUUACAGUUGCUAAGCUAUGAUUGGACAAUCGCUGUUUGGGGAGGAAUUAAAAGGGAUAGUUCGGCUCUUUUAAAUGAGGGUUUUAUGAGGUAUUACCUAGAGUAAAUGUUUGUCAACACGCUCCCAGUUUGGAGAAGCAGACAGGAGUACUACCAAGAAAUUAAGCAAUGUACUGCUGUGGAGGGUCAGCAACAAAAUAUAUUCUAGCCAUUUAAAAAAAUCAUUAUCAGUUUAGGUGUAUGCUAUACUGAGAAUAUUUUCACCUCUUUACCUUGCUGUCAGACAACGAAAUCUGUCGGAGAACUGGAACAGUUAUAUUGAUAUUGUUAAAGCCAGACUCCAUUGAGAAAAACAGUAAUUUAACAUUAAUCAACACAGGAGCUGCUGGUCAUCCACUACCUCGAGCAGUUUGUUUGUGUUUCUAUGUGACUUUGGCGUUUUAAAGGUUAGUUUGGAUUCACAGUAACACAAACAUAUUAACUGACUAAGGCAGCAGUAGACCAAAAGCUCCUGUGUUCAGCGAGCUAAAAUGAUUGUUCUUUUCAAUGGAGUCUGGAAAGCAUAUAUGGAGAAUUAAAGCCGUCAACAUCUUCCCCAUCAGAAAGCAAGCAAGGUAAAUCUGUGAAAAUAUUCUCAGCCCAGCGUACACUUAAACUAUUUUUGAGUUUUUCUAGGUGGGACUUUUUUUAAGGAGGUAAAUGCAUUUUGUGCUUAGCUUCCAUGGCGGUACUCCUGUCUGCUUCUCCAAACUUGGGCCAUGCUGACCAACAUCUACUGAAUGUAAUACGCUGACUAUUGAUGAGUACCUCAUACAAUCCCACCUCAAAAAAUCCAAACUAUCCCUUUAAUGAUACCAGAUUUUCUAGCUUCUAUGUGAACUUCAUCAUUGUUGGACCCACUGCAUAUGCUAAUUGGUGUUUACCUCUUCUGGUACGUAGACUUUAUAUUGGGAUGAUGUCACAAAAAUUAGGAUUGGGGGAGUUUUACAAAUAUAAAACAGUAAUAAAUGACCUUGCUUGCAGUUCAAGGUGUUCUCUGAGAAGCUCCACAGAUGUCAGGAUUAUGUGCUUUCCAAACACACCCGUGGGGCUGCCUCGACGAGUUUUCCAAAAACUUUACAAAACUAGCGAAUACAUCUUUCAGUCUCUCUUAAAAAAAAUUCUCUACAUAAUUACUUCUUAAACUUUACGUGUGAUGAACGAGUGCGACCGAUCAGUAUCUUUGUGAGAAACAGUUUGAAAGUGUGCUCCUUUUCAGCCAUUCGACGCUGCUCCACCUCCUCUCUGUAGCAGCACUUUUCACCCUGUCACAUGUGGCUUCAGCACUUUUGCCUUCAGACGACACUUUGUACAAAUGUUCAUUUCAAGUUCAGCACUCACACACACUGGGAGCCUCCCAGUCAAACCACAGCUCCACUGGACCAGUUUUAUCUCAGUCUGACUCUCCUGAACAUUUGUUGCCUUAGUUAGUUUUUUUUUCUUUCUGCAUGUUAAUUUGUAUGUUCAUGACAACAUGCCACCAGCGCCUGGUGUGUCAUUCAAAGUGGAGAUCUUGUAGGUUAGAGUUAAAGGAGAGUCGAAUAGUUUUUCUUCUUCGUUGGUUAUUUAAGCUUUAGUUUGUAAAGGUUUCUUUAGGUAUCAUUUCUUUUUAUUUCCUUCGAUAAAGUUAAAGAUUUAAAUGUUUACAUUUUGUUAUGCAUGUUCAAACAGAUUUGUUAUAUCCAGUGUUUUGCACACUACUUCAGCAUCGGUCUUGAACGGCACUGCUCAUUAAUGUAAAGUACUUAAAAAUUAAGUGCCUGAUACUAUAAGUGAAAAUUGGGGUUGAUACUUGUAAGCAAAUGAAAGUUAAGUUUGCUCAUUAGCCUUCAUGCCAUUGACUUGAACAACAGCUCCUGUUGUCACGUGAUGUUGUGUUGAUCCUGUGUUUUAAAGCACCAGGGGAGAUUACCUCGUUAAAGGCGGCAGCAGGACGCUCGCUCGGCUCCGCGGCGUCUGUCGGAGCAAACUGGACCUACGAGGCGUGACACCCAGCGGCCAUCUGAGCGCUCGGUGAUGUGAUUCAUCCGGUGAGCAACAUUCAUGAAGAUAAAUGAUCAAAUUAAAGGUGCUACAUGUGACGUUUUAACAUCUGUUAGGUGUUACCAAACAGGUAGAGGGCGCUGUUGGUCUCUACAGCAAACAAGCGGACAGUAGAAGAUACAGUAGUGAAUAUGUCCAUCACAGAGUCCAAAGAGACGUCUCUAAAUGUCUCACAACCAGCAGGCCAAACCCAAAGAUACUCAGUAAAAUGUGGCGUAGUAAAAGAAACCCAGCAUGUUUCCACAUUUGAGAAGCUUCAACCAGCAAUUUUUUUCACAUUUAAUUGAUUCAUUUUCUGUCAAUUGACUGACUGAUUAAUUAUCUAAUCAUCCCAGCUCAAAAAUGUCACAAGGUUGAAUGCAAGGUUGAAAGCCUCUAGUCUCUACUGCUCUACGUCCUGGUUGUAAACUUAAGUUUGUUGAUGUUAAAAAGCUGCAUGUAGCACCUUUUCAUAAACUGUUGGAUGUUCAGUACCAAUGAAUGUUUCAGUCACAUCUUCCUGUGAUCUCAUUUUUAUCACUUGACACCAUUUCCUCUCCUCAUGUUGUAGUCGUUUGUUUUUUCCCCCUCAUUCAAACAAAAGAUCAAUUUUAAAAGCAGAAGUUGGUCACGUGUUCUUUUCUUUACAAACUGUGUUGAACACUUGAAGAGAGCCGAUGCUUUCUGGUAUGAUCACAGUCUGUCUGCAAGUGUGCGCCUGAAAUGGCGGCCGAGGCGUUUGACUUGACCUGUUGAUUGACACUCUGUGUUUUUGCAUUUGUGCGAUUUGAUGAUUGCAGAUCUGCAGCACAAACUCCAGUUCCUUUUUUUUUUUUUUUUUUUAGUUUCUAUAAGCGGUAACCGGUUGGCAGUGUCAGGUACCAUUCCAUUUUAACACUGUAUAUUUAUAAUAAAAGUAAUCUGUUAAUAAAACCUCA